AGAUCCCUGUGUAGUUUUUUCUAUCGGUUUAUUUUGUUCUCAUAAUAUUCGAAUUGCUAUUUGAAAAAUAACACACAGAAGUUAGUUGUCUGCGGUGUAAGCCUAUCAAACAUAAUUCUACUGAAACGAAAUGAACUAAUAAUGUCAUUGUUAAAGGUUUUAUGAUGACUCAUACCAAGAUUGAUUCAUGAUGUAUAGGCCUAAUUAUUUACAAUGCAAAACGCAACAACGCAAGUGCACAGGGGCUUACGUGUACUAACACACAAAACCAUUAAUUCACUUUGUUGCGCCACAAAGGAUGGAUCUACUAGACCAGAGCUCUGCGUAACGCCUCAUCAAUAACGCACUCCCGCUAAAACGUUACUUUUUCAAUUCAAAGACGCUGUGAUGUCACGUGGGGGGAGAUCAUUUUUCCCGGGGCAUGACGGUCUCUAGGAGAGGAGCGCGCUCCUCUUCUUUGACACCCUCGUGCGCUAUGGCAAUGGCUCCAAGCUGGACGUCGCCGCCGGAACUUGAAUCAAACCCGCGUUUCGUUGUAGACCUUCGGUGGCGAGACCUUAACGCAACUAUUGCGCGCCAGCUAGCAAAUUAAAUUAUUUCUCUAUUUACGGUUAAAAAAAAAGUGCUGAACGUCCAGAUCGAGAUUGAAGUCAACCCGAGCGCACGCAGCGCGAGAUCAGACGGAAUAAAAGAUGCGCGGUCCAUAUCCACGGAGAUAUGGCAUGCGCGCUCCUCAACGGUCGAGCGGUGCCUUCCUCACCUCGGCUCAUCCCGACCUGCCUGUGCGUGUUUUCCUUCCUCGUGACAUACCUGUGCUACUCUGCACUGUUUUCUGCUGAUGCGGUCAUCAUGCAAGCGCCGGGAGACCUGCCGCGCGGCUGCCGGCGUUCUCCGGUUGACGGUGGCGGGAAAAGGCGCCUCCAGAAAUCGGUCUCGUGCGUUUUACCUUUCGAGGAGGGGGAGCGCGACCCUGUGCGUGCGCUACCCCGCCGGAACGAUACGCUGAGCUCCCCGCCGGUGACCGCAAAGUUUGGGAAUAAGAAGUUACCGAAUGCCAUCAUCGUCGGCGUGAAGAAGGGCGGCACGCGCGCAGUUCUGGAGUUUAUCAGGAUUCACCCUGACGUGCGCGCGGUCGGCACCGAGACUCACUUCUUCGACCGGAACCACGACCGCGGACUGGACUGGUACAGGAGCCUGAUGCCUCGGACCCUGGAGGGCCAGAUCUCCAUGGAGAAGACCCCCAGCUACUUCGUGACCGCCGACGCCCCUCGCCGCAUCGCCGCCAUGUCCCGCCACACCAAGCUCAUCGUGGUGGUCCGCGACCCGGUCACCCGCGCCAUAUCGGACUACACCCAGACCCUGACCAAAACGCCGGACCUGCCCAGCUUCCAGGAGCUGGCCUUCCUGAACCAGAGCCAGGGUCUGGUGGACGCCUCGUGGAACGCCAUCCGCAUCGGCCUGUACGCCCUGCACCUGGAGUGCUGGCUGCGCCACUUCCCCCUGGAGCAGAUCCACUUCGUCAGCGGCGAGCGGCUCAUCACCGACCCGGCCGGCGAGCUGGGCCGCGUGCAGGACUUCCUGGGCCUGAAGCGCAUCGUGACCGACAAGCACUUCUACUUCAACCGCACCAAGGGCUUCCCCUGCCUGAAGAAGCCCGAGAGCAGCGUGUCGCCGCGCUGCCUGGGCAAGUCCAAGGGCCGCACCCACGUCCAGAUCGACCGCGAGGCCGUCGAGCAGCUCCGGGACUUCUACCGGCCGCACAACGUCCGCUUCUAUGAGAUGGUGGGGUUUGACUUCAGAUGGGACUAACCCAGGGGGCGGAUGCUGAGAGUUAUCGGAGAGAAUCCGGCUAGCUCUGCUCAUUCCAACUUCCGAAAAGAAAUAUCCGAUCUCUUAAUUGAUGUGUAUGUCGGCUGGCCGUCCCCCCAAGGAACACUAAUACAGACGCGAACCAUGAAGUACAAGAUGACCAGGAGAUGUAAUUCCCUCUCUCGCUACGAACCACACAUCUUAAGUUCCCCCCUCCAGCUGUUCUCCCUCAUGAGAUGAGAACACCUGCAAACAAAGUUAAGAUGGGAACAAUUCCAGUAUGAUGGACGCUUAAAAGUGGCACAGAAAGGUUCUUGUCGCAUGGCUUUCAAAAUAAAAGCGCACAAUUAGCUUGUUUCCCAGCUGGGAGGGAAGGCUAGCUGGCCUGCGGUUCAUUUCUCCAUACUGGGAACCAGUGUGCGAGGGCUGCUUUGAACACCGAAGAGGGGAGAUUCACUGGCUUCAAUUCCAAAUGUCACGUUAGCUAUUUAGUGGUUCAGGAUGUUAGCUCAUGCUGCUUACCAGCUUCUCCGUUGGCUGACGGGUGGAUUAGGACGAAUCUACGGAUGAGUUGGAUUAGUUCCCGUUGAAACCUGCUGCACUAAUCAAAACAGGGAUUAGAGAGAGACCCUGGAAAUGUCAGAGCUGUCUUCUCGGAGGACUGGCGUGGAGAUGCCUCAACGCUAUACCCUAAGCAGGGUAUAUUUUGGAUUAUAUUCGCUGUAUUCAUAGCAUGAGUAGGAUGUCUUGUGAAUGCAACAACCAACGCUUCAGUCGUAAGGACUUUAUGAUGGCUGUGAUUAUGCAGAAUUAAAACCUUGCUAAUUUUUCUGUAACUUUAAGAUGUAAGAUCUGCUCUCGUGUCAUGUCCACCAACACCUCACGGGACGCACAUAGCAAACUAAUAAAUGAAUCCUCACCUCA